AUAGAGAUCCCGCAAAACGAUCAGGACCUCUUAUUACAGGUGUUGGUCAAUACAUACAAUUAUUGAAAGAUUACGAUCCUGAUUAUGUUCCAACAGAAACAGUAGAAGAGAAGAAAAAAAGAAAGCUCGAAGAGAAGAAAAAACGUGUUGAGGAAGCAAUUAAGAAGGGUCUCGAAGAAUGGGAUCCGAAUAAAGAUGAGAAUGUCACCGGAGAUCCGUAUAAAACUUUAUUUGUAGCUAGAAUGAACUAUGACAUAACCGAAAAGGACUUGCGCCGAGAGUUUGAAAUGUAUGGUCCAAUAGAAAAUAUUCGUAUAGUCAAAGCUAAAACGUCAGGAAAACCUAAAGGAUACGCUUUCAUUGAAUUCGAAAGAGAAAAGGAUAUGAAAGCUGCGUACAAGGACGCUGAUGGAUUAAAACUGGUCGGAAAACGUAUCCUUGUCGACGUCGAGCGUGGGCGAACAGUUAAGGGUUGGAGGCCUCGUCGUCUUGGUGGUGGAUUGGGCGGCACACGAAUUGGUGGUCCAGAUCAAAACCAAAAGUAUUCUGGUCGUGAAGGCACAUAUUCCCAUGUGAGCUCAUCAAGCGGUGGAUAUGAGCUUAUAGUGGAUAUGACCGUGAUUACAAACGUCGCGCUCGAAGCCGAUCGCGAAGUCCUCCUCCUAGUCAUCGCGAGGAUAGAUAUAAUAAAGGUAGAGACAGAGACAGAGAUCGCAGACGUGAUCGUCGGUAAGAGUAACCCCUCCUCCCAAUUGUGA